CCGCCGCCGAAGAGGCGACAUGCCGCCGGUGCAGAAGACCGUGGCGGAGCUGCGCUCCAGGGCCGAGGGGUAUGAGAAGACAGAUGAUGUUUCAGAGAAGACCUCAUUAGCUGAUCAGGAGGAACUGAGAACUAUAUUUAUCAAUCAACCACAGUUCUCUAAAUUUUGUAACAACCAUGUCAGCACUGCAAAAUACAACUUAAUCACAUUCCUGCCAAGAUUCCUCUAUUCCCAGUUCAGAAGAGCUGCUAACGCAUUUUUUCUUUUCAUUGCAUUGCUUCAGCAAAUUCCAGAUGUUUCUCCAACGGGACGUUAUACAACCUUGGUUCCUCUCUUAUUUAUUUUAGUUGUUGCAGCUGUCAAAGAAAUAAUAGAAGACAUUAAAAGGCAUAAAGCUGAUAAUUCAGUGAACAAGAAACAAACACAAGUAAUGAGAAAUGGAGCCUGGGAAAUUGUCCAUUGGGAAAAGGUAGAUGUUGGAGAUAUAGUUUUAAUAAAAGGCAAAGAAUAUAUACCUGCUGACACUGUACUUCUCUCAUCAAGUGAACCCCAAGCUAUGUGCUACAUUGAAACAUCAAACUUAGAUGGUGAAACUAAUCUAAAAAUUCGACAGGGUUUGGCAUUAACCUCGGAUAUAAAGGACACUGACAGCUUGGCGAAACUUUCAGGCAGAAUUGAAUGUGAAGGUCCUAAUAGACAUCUCUAUGAUUUCGUUGGAAAUAUCAGACUGGAUGGGCAUAGCACUGCUCCACUUGGACCUGAUCAGAUUCUUCUGCGAGGAGCUCAGCUAAGAAAUACCCAGUGGGUUCAUGGAAUAGUUGUCUAUACAGGACAUGAUACAAAACUCAUGCAGAACUCAACGAGCCCACCUCUUAAACUGUCCAACGUGGAAAGAAUUACAAAUAUCCAAAUUCUGUUUUUAUUCUGCAUUCUUAUUGCUAUAUCUUUGAUUUGUUCAAUUGGUUCAGCUGUAUGGAAUCAGAAACAUGAAUACAGAGACUGGUACAUCAGUUUAACUUAUGGAGGCGCUAACAACUUUGGACUGAAUUUCCUAACCUUUAUCAUUCUUUUCAAUAAUCUCAUUCCUAUCAGCCUGCUUGUUACACUAGAAGUGGUAAAAUUUAUCCAAGCAUAUUUCAUAAAUUGGGAUAUUGACAUGCAUUACGAACCUACGGACACCGCUGCCAUGGCUCGUACAUCCAAUCUUAAUGAAGAACUUGGUCAGGUGAAAUACAUAUUUUCAGACAAGACUGGAACCCUGACAUGCAAUAUAAUGCAGUUUAAGAAGUGCACAAUUGCAGGAAUAGCUUACGGCCAUUCUCCUGAAUCUGAGGAUUAUGGCUAUUCCUCUGAUGAUUGGCAGAGUUCACAAACUAAAGAUGAAAAACCAUUUAGCGAUUCAUCAUUGCUGGAAAAUCUCCAAAGCAAACAUCCUACUGCACCUGUAAUUUGUGAGUUCCUAACAAUGAUGGCAGUGUGUCAUACAGCUGUUCCAGAAAGAGAAGGUGAUAAGAUAGUUUAUCAAGCAGCAUCUCCAGAUGAAGGAGCGUUGGUUAGAGCAGCAAAGCAUCUUAAUUUUGUUUUCACUGGAAGGACACCAGACUCUGUAAUUAUAGAAUCUCUUGGACAGGAAGAAAAAUAUGAAUUGCUAAAUGUACUAGAAUUUACAAGUAAUAGGAAAAGAAUGUCUGUGAUUGUUCGCACACCUACUGGAAAAUUGAGGCUUUACUGCAAAGGGGCUGACACUGUAAUAUAUGAUCGUUUAGCUGAAAAUUCAAGAUACAAGGAAAUUACUUUGAAACAUUUAGAAUUAUUUGCUACUGAAGGCUUGAGAACACUUUGCUUUGCUGUCGCUGAGAUUUCAGAGAGUGACUACGAAGAAUGGCUCCAUGUCUAUCAAAGAGCUUCAACAGCUGUACAGAACAGAGUACUAAAACUUGAAGAGUGUUAUGAACUAAUUGAAAAGAAUCUGCAGUUACUUGGAGCUACAGCCAUAGAAGAUCGGUUACAAGACCAAGUGCCUGAAACAAUAGAAACUUUAAUGAAAGCAGAUAUCAAAAUUUGGAUCCUUACUGGAGAUAAGCAAGAGACUGCUAUUAACAUUGGGCAUUCUUGUAAACUCUUGAGAAAGAACAUGGGACUAAUCGUCAUAAAUGAAGGCUCUCUUGAUGCAACAAGAGAGACAUUAAGCCAUCAUUGCAGCACUCUUGGUGAUGCCUUGAGGAAGGAAAAUGAUUUUGCUCUUAUUAUUGAUGGUAAAACAUUGAAGUAUGCCUUGACGUUUGGUGUAAGGCAGUACUUUCUGGAUUUGGCUCUGUCAUGUAAAGCUGUUAUUUGUUGCAGAGUUUCACCUCUUCAGAAAUCUGAAGUUGUAGAAAUGGUUAAGAAACAGGUGAAAGUAGUAACUCUGGCAAUUGGUGAUGGAGCAAAUGAUGUUAGUAUGAUACAGACUGCACACGUUGGUGUCGGCAUUAGUGGAAAUGAAGGGCUACAAGCGGCUAACUCGUCAGACUACUCAAUAGCACAGUUCAAGUACUUGAAGAACCUACUCUUGGUCCAUGGUGCCUGGAAUUAUAGCAGAGUUGCUAAAUGCAUCUUAUACUGCUUCUACAAGAAUAUCGUCCUUUACAUCAUUGAGAUAUGGUUUGCCUUUGUUAAUGGAUUUUCUGGACAAAUACUGUUUGAACGGUGGUGCAUAGGACUUUACAAUGUGAUGUUUACAGCUAUGCCCCCACUGACUCUUGGAAUAUUUGAAAGAUCCUGCCAUAAAGAAAAUAUGCUGAAAUAUCCUGAAUUAUACAAGACUUCUCAAAAUGCCCUGGACUUCAAUUCAAAGGUUUUCUGGGUUCAUUGUUUAAAUGGCCUUUUCCACUCAGUAAUUCUAUUUUGGUUUCCACUAAAAGCUGUCCAGUCUGAUACUGUAUUUGCAAAUGGCAAAACAUCAGACUACUUGCUUUUGGGGAACAUAGUAUAUACAUUUGUGGUAAUAACUGUAUGUUUAAAAGCUGGAUUGGAGACUUCAUACUGGACUGUGUUUAGCCAUGUAGCUAUAUGGGGAAGCAUUGCACUGUGGAUAGUAUUUUUUGGAAUCUACUCUUCUUUAUGGCCUCUUCUUCCUAUCGCUCCUGAUAUGUCUGGGGAGGCAGCAAUGUUAUUCAGCUCUGGUGUCUUUUGGAUGGGCUUGCUAAGUAUUCCGACAACAGCUCUGAUCUUUGAUGUUGUAUAUAAAGUAGUCAAGAGAUCAGCAUUUAAGACGCUGGUUGAUGAAGUUCAGGAGUUAGAAGCAAAAUCUCAAGAUCCAGGAGCCGUUGUUCAUGGGAAAAGCUUAACUGAAACAGCUCAGCUGCUAAAAAAUGUCUUUAAGAAAAACCAUGUCAACCUAUACCGCUCCGAGUCUUUGCAACAAAAUUUGCUUCAUGGCUAUGCUUUCUCUCAAGAUGAAAAUGGGAUUGUAUCACAGUCUGAGGUAAUAAGAGCCUACGAUACUACAAAGCAAAGACCUGAUGAAUGGUGAAAGAGUACAAUGUCACAGAGCUGCAAUAUUUGCCAUAGUGAGGCAAACGGGUAUCAUUGCUGGGCUUGGCAACAAGGUCCAGUAACAGAGAUUAGAGGAAGAUAGCUGCUCUUGCUUAUUUUCUGAAGUUUGAAUUCACAUAUUGAGUAAACGUAAGCACUGUGCAAUUAUACUGUAAUACACCAUCUGAAUUCUGCAACAAAUGUUUCUUGGAUUUUGUAAGCAAAGAUUUAAAUUACCCUCACUCUUUCAAGACAGCUUAUUUACAGUGAAGCUGAAUAUGUAUUGUAAUCUGAGACAUAACUAAGAGUCAGAUUACCCAACAUAGCACAUAUUGACAAGGAUAACUUUGGCAAAGGUUUAACAAUGAUGAGACAUCUAAAAUGCCAUUUAAUGGACCUUUGAUUUCAAUAAGUGCUAAAAUAUCCAUUUUUAAAUGACGUUGACUCAUGUGAUGAGGUAUGAUUUCAAAGCAAGGAAUUUAUAAGGAAUUGUGUCAAACUAGCCUAAAAGGUUUGCCAAAGAAGUUCCAUAAAAUGUGUUUCUCACUUUAAUUAUCAUUCAGAGAAAAUGUAAAGGAUGGUAAUGUCAAGUGUGAUGUUGGAAUUGCAUGCUUGAUGCUCUGUACUUGAAAAGUUUUACAAUAACCUGAACUUGAUACAGGCUGCUUUUUAUUGCAUUUGUGUUCAGAUCUGUGAUCACUUGCACCUUUGGCCUUACAGAUGCUUUUCUUUUAUCUCUAUUAUCCCCCCUCACCUGCCCCCGCUUCAUUUAAUAGAAAUAUGUACUACAUCGGCCAUUCUCUGUGUAAGGGGCAUGUGUCUUUAAGAUUUGUUUGAAUUAUGUACGACUACUGCUCAGUAUUAUAGCCAUUCUGUAAGUGUAAAGAAGCAUUCCUUGUGCAAAGCAGAGGGCUGUGGAGAAAAUAUCUCAUAAUAUCAUAUCUAAAUUGAUGAUCAGAACUUUUUAUUUCCAUUGGUACUGAUUGUCUGCUGGAGGUACCAGGGUUGGAGGAUGGGGAUGGUUUUGAUUCAGUUCCCCUUUGCACCAGCAGGUUAUCCAUUCUGUCAUAAUUGAUCAAAUGUUCACGCAUCCCAUGUUUUUUUUCCUAAACAUGCAUGGCCUUUUUAUGUCUUCAGAAUGCGGUACCAUGCAUAAAACACAAUUUCCCUGCACAGUAGGAAUCAGAGCCUAUGUUCUUUUUUUAAAAAAAGCAACAACUUGUUUUUAUUUUGAAUUAUCAGAACGCUAUAUGCACAACUUGGUUAGAACAUAGUAAUAAUCUGUCUUUCUGUCUAAAAAAAUCCAGAAAUAGGUGUUGUUUAUUCAGUACCAAGCCAGUAUGUUCCCUUUGCUUUAUGAAACAAUUAUUUAUUACGUCUAUCAAGUGUAUGCAGCCCACCAUAAGUUUUGAAUUAAGAAUGCUGCAGUUUGAAAAAUGAAGCUGAUGAAGAGCUCUUCUAUUAUUUUGAUGUAAAUCUUCUGCUAUCUACUGCUAAUAAAACAAAAUAAACUAACCAUGUCUUCACAUCCUAAUCCAGAUAGUAUAGGACUUCCGUCCUAUUCUUUUACAAUUAAAGUAUUUUUAGAUACAUUAGUGUGUAAAUGUUGGUUGAUAGGGGCAUAAAUAAUUUGAACUCUGCUAUUAGUUUUAAGUCAUUAUCAAGAAUUCCAUCUUUAAAAUAUAUUUCAUAUAUGAAGUUCCACUUUUAGGUACAUUCACUGUACAACUUAUCUGCCUGUCAAAAGACAUUCACAUGUACUGUGGUAAAUGCAGUAUUUCUGUGUGAUGGUUCCCUUAUUAGGUCCAAAUUGUAAAGUCGGGGGUUGCAGGAAAUUUGCAACUAUGAAAUGAACAUUUCAUGUGAUUGUGAUGCACCCAUUAAAGAAAGAAGGAAAAAUCUAAUUAAAAACA